CUCUCCAUUUCCUCUCCUUAUAUGUACUGUUUUUCUCUCCUUUUCUCACCUCCUCCUGUACCCUCCCACUCUCUCUUUCUUCACCUCCUCUUCCAAAGAUUUUAUUGGACAGAAGAGACAGACAUUUUCCUCGCUCUGUUCCGUGUCCCUAGCUGACCCCCCUCCGCACGUGCACACACACACACACACAUCGAGGGGAGUGCUUGACGACUUAGCUGGGUGAGUGGGGGGGAGUGAGACUCUGCAAGCCCCUCACCCCCCAUGUGUCUGGUGCGCCCCCGUGAGUGGCUGCCUUCAGCGCUGACAUUACACCGCCAGCAGGCCGCUGAUAUGUCGCUGUUUCCAGGGCCAACUUGCUCACUUUACCCGCGCACUGGCCGCGGCAAAGGUAGACUUGCGUUUGCACAGUCUCUCGCUCUCUCUCGCUCUCUCUCCCGCUAGCUGUCACUCGCCCCUCCCCUCUCCCCCUCCCCUCUCCAUACAUAGUCUGUCUUCCUGCUUGCGGUUUUCCCUCUCACACUCACUUGGAGGAGCACUCGGAGGAGCACCAGUGCGCGGGUGGCUGCUCCUGCCUUAGGAGGAGGAGGAGACGCACGCCACCUUCGGGGCUACAAUGGACACUAGCCCAGGCUGUGGAUGAUGGAGGAGGUAGUGGCCCGGCAGGUAGGGUGCUACAGGUUGGCGUGGACCAUGAGCACGUCAAAGCGUUGCGCCGGUGGCCUUGCUGCCACCCGUGUUGUGUAGCGUCUGAGCGGGACAUGGGCCAGACCGCCCGCCACAUCCCACCUCAACGCCCACAGCAGACUGCACCAGUAGAUCGCCUUCAGAAUCUCGGCAACCUUACCGUUGACGAGCGACUCCAGGUGAAACCCCUGCCAUGAAAAUGUCCAACUCGGUCACAUUGGAAACAACGGCCAAAGCCUGCAUCGUUGUCGACGUAGGGAGCGACAUUACCUCUUCCCACUCCGGGCCGACCAAGGGCCUGGCAGCAACCCUGACGUCUUUAGCCAUAGAAGAAGUCGGCGAAGGCAAGGAGGACCCAAAGAUGAUGAUGAUGAAGAUGGAUGGGGGUCCAGCCCCACACCACCGCCCCGCAGCUUCUCAACCGAGAGGCCUGCCCCCGGGGGAGGAGGAGGGAAGAGGAGCAGAGGACCGGGGCUGUAGAAACUCCACGGAGAAGGAGGUGAAGAGUCCCAGGAAGACGUUAUCAAGAGACUCCAGCCAGGACUACACCGAUUCCACAGGCAUCGACCUCCAUGAGUUUCUUGUCAAUACGCUGACGAACAACCCCAGGGACCGUAUCACCCUGCUGAAGCUGGAGCAAGAUCUGCUGGACUUCAUCCGUAAUAACGAAAGCCAGAGAAGGAAGUUCCCCCCGAUGACCUCGUACCACCGCAUGCUCCUGCACCGCGUGGCCGCCUACUUCGGCCUGGAACACAACGUGGACCCAAGCGGCAAGUCGGUGGUUGUCAACAAGACAACCAGCACCCGAAUACCCGAGCAGAAGUUAUGUGACUACAUCCAGGAUGAGGUGCGUUCGGACGAGGGUUUCUCAGGACGUCACGUCCUCAAGAGGGACCACCGCAGCUUCGAUGACGCCUCGCAGGUCCGGAUGCGUCUGAAAUCAGACAUGAGGAGUAAAUCGAUGGAGGAGCGAGAAGAGGAGUACCAACGGGCCCGCGACUGGAUAUACGAGGGGGAUCAUUUGAUUUUCAGUUCAAGGAGCCAGGAGAAAGAGACUGGCAAGAGCAGCCAGCAGCGACGCCAGCUCUUCAGCAGGCAGCAGUCGGGUUGUUCCGGCGCCGGUUGCCAGAGCAGCUCUGAGAUGGAGGCGUCGCGGCCCAGCGACCGGCCCCCCUGGAGUAGCUCCGACAGCUCCGAAAGCUCCCAGCGGCCCCCUCCUCCUCCCCCGUCAGGAGGACCACCUGCACCGCCGGCCUGGGUUGGCGCCGGGGUCACCAGGCCCAGCGGCCUCAGUGGCUGUGUGCCUGGAACCGUUAUGGUGCAUGGAGACAGCACCGCGAGCAGCAAGAGCACUGGAAGACUGUCACAGACGGGGUCCGACUCCUCCAGCAGUGUGGUCUCCUGCUCUCUGUCGCGGCCCCUCGUGGCCCAGCCCCCUACAAGAGCCCAUCCCACCUGCGUCUGCCCCUCCCAACGCCAUGGCAACGCCAGGGGCCCCAAGAGCAACCCUGUGGAGGGCGUGGCUCUGGCCAGCUUCUACGUGCUGCCGUUUGAGAGUGCGGCGGCGGGGAUGAUGCCGGCCAGCAUUCUGGUCAAUGUGCACACAGGCCAACCCAUCCUGGUCCCAGACGACAGCGUGACCAUGCACGGUGCCCCGGGCCCCGCGUCCACCACGGGACGGGGCCAACAGCCACUUAGGCACCCCCCCGCCCAGCCCAUCCACCUGGUGACCCAGCAACAGCCGCCAAUUCAGCUGCACACCCAGGCCGACGCCCUCAGCGCACACUUCGGUCACAUGAUCCUCAUGAUGCGUCAACCUCCUGAAGGUGGUGGUGUGGUCGGCAUGGUCCAGUCUCCCCAGGACUCCCACCACUGUCAGCCCCCUCUCCCCUACCACCUCUACCAUCAAGCCCAGCAUCCCCACACCCUCAGGAACACCAGCCAUCCGCUGGCCAGCUAUCUGGUGGCCGGGGCCCUCCCAGGGGCCCCCCCAUCGCCAACCCAGAACGCUGCCUCCCUCUACCACCACCACCACCAGCAGAACCACCAGCAGCCCUACCCUUGCCCCAGCACACCAGGGCCUGGGGGGUUCCAGGCGGUGAUGAGCCAGUCUGUCCUCCAGCAGCACUCCUACAUCCAGCCCCCGGUCCAACAGGUGAACUCUUACUACUGCGCCUCAACGCACUACGCCCAGCCGACCAAUCAGCAGCAGCCAUACCAAGCACCCCCCAACACCCCCCUCACCGCCUACAGCUGCCCCCAGCACCAAGCUUACAACACCUCCGCCAGUCUGCCCAGCGCAGCCCCCGGGUACCAGUCUGCCUCCGCCGCCGGCCUGCAGCCAAUCAGCAGCCAGCAGAGCAGCGUGGAGAACCAGAUGCAGGGUGUGAUGGUCCACUACCCCGCCAUGCCGACCUAUCAGCAGAUGCCCAUGUCGCACACCCCCCAGGCUGUCCCCCAGCACUCCUACGGCCCUCAGCAGCAGCCGCUGAUGAUUUCCUGUCAGCUGACCCAGGGGGGUGUGGCCAUGCAGCCCUGCUACGGGCUCCUCCCACCUGGCCAGCAACACACCACCAUGAGCUCCACAGUGAGUUUCCUGCCUGUCCAGGUGGUGGAGCCGUUGCAGUACCAGCCCCCUCCCACCACCAGCCUCCCCCAACACUGCACAGGCGUCUAUCCAGGGCCUCCCGGGGACACCGGGAUGGUGGUAAUGCAGCUGCCAGCUCAACCCCCACCGUACCAGCCCCCGCCACGGGCCCCCUCCCCCUACCAGAGGAAACCGCCCGGCUACAAGCUCCACGGCGUCGACCAACAGCUCCCCCGCAGGUCCUCUGAGGGACUGCAGCCACCGGACAACCCCCAGAGUAGUGUCCGACUGGGCAGUCGAACCUGGACUCUGUCUGCGUUGCUAGGCCACCCGGGGGCCAUCCAGGGGCCCCACUUGGCCCUUCCUACUAUGCCUUUCAAGGCCCACCUCCACCCCCAGCACCUCCCUCACCAGCACCCCCUCCCUACAGCCUUCUACCCCGGUGGACAAGGUGAAGCCUGUUGCCCUCUAGUGGCGAUGCCUCUACACAACAAGCCCUUGCUCCAACCCCCCCUACUCCACAUAGCCCCUGUGGGUACCAUCCAUCAGAAGGGACGCCAUCCCCACCACCGCCACCCCACCUCCCCCAAGGGCCCCUGGGGACUUGGCAGAGGACGCCUGCUGGAAAGGUUCUCCUCUCUGCGGAUCUCAGCUGAGAUGUGGACGGUAGACAAUCCAUGAAGAAUUGUCUGCGAUGGCCACCCUGUACCCCCCUCAUCCUGGUCAAGGUCGCAGAACCCCGCUCACCCAGGUCAAGGUCGUAGAACACCCCUUACCCUGGUCAAGGUCGCAGCACACCCCUCACCCUGGGUACAUGGAUUUUACAUCUGGAAGUUUGGCGUUUUUGGUUCUUUUUUUCCUCUUGCGCGCGCGUGCGUGCGUGCGUGCGUGCGUGCGUCACCAACACCACGUCGUACCCCCCUCAGAAGGUUAUUUUAUUUUUUCUCUGAAAUAAAACUGGUAUUUUUUUUUAGCUGUGGAAAAACAAGCACAGCUCUUAUGAAGGGCACACUGACUUUCACCCAAACCGCCCCAAACGAGCUCCGUGUCCUCGACCGGCCGCUAAAGCUUCUCCAUGUCGUUCCGACACAGAUCAGGGGGAGGGGGCUUUUUGAGUUGGUGCUAUGUUCAGUUAUUUUUUGUUUUUUUUACGAAGGACAAUCAUAAUGUGAAAGACAUGUUUGAAUUUGAACAUUUUCAGUUGAUUUCAAGAAGUGGCAUUUUUUUCUUUUUUUUCAUCUUUUAUUUGCUUUCUUUCUUUCUUUAAUUCAUUUUGAAAUGCAACAGUAGUUUUGUACUCGUCUCAGCCGCAUAGUUUUGUGAUAUAUCUUAUCAGAUCAUUUUCGAAACACAUCGUCAACUUUGUGUUGUCAAAAGGAAAGAUUCAGAACAGUUUUGCCACUCGUCCAAACGUCAAUUUACACUGAAUAAUACAUGCUGCCACCUGAAUCCUUGAAAGUAUUUUUUGCAGUGAAGGUUACAUUUGCAGUGAAAUACUGAAAGGGAUAUUGUUUAUUAUUGAGUUUUUACAAUGAGUUCCUGAGAUACAGCAGUAUCUUAUCGAAUUAUGUUUUGACGGGGUUUGUCUGUAAAAAGUCUGAUAUUUAAAAAAAGUUCACUGUAAGCAUAAAAAGCGAGGCUGCAGAAAUGUGUCGACUAAAAUAACUUCACACCUGAUGGACUUUGUAUUUCAUUUGGCGGGAGGUGGAACGUCUAUGAAUGUCUGUCUUCAAGAUGUUUUAUUCAUGUCUUGUUUUGAAACCAAUAAACGUUUACAUCCCUG